AUGCCUAGUGCCACUGGAAAAGACUGGGAAAAGUAUAAGAAGUUCGCCGACGAAGAGGAGGACGAAAAGAAGAUUAUACCAUUAUCGGAAGAGUAUGUCUCCUUUCGGGGUGCUACCGAUCUAGCUUUUGUGAAUGUGAUGGGUGAAUGUGGUGAUGGAAACACGAUACUAAUGUGGCGCGAAUGGCAUUAACAGAGAUAUUCAAGUCCUUAAGACCUAUGGCGCCGCGCCCUAUGCUGCAUCAUUAAAGAAACUCGAGAAAGAUAUCAAGGACUUACAGACUAAGGUUAACGAAAAAAUAGGUAAACUUUAUCACAUCUAGAUGCGGAAGUGUAUUUAUGUUGAUUUGACCCCUCCUGAGUAUAGGUGUCAAAGAAUCCGAUACGGGGUUGGCCCCACCACAUUUAUGGGAUGUCAUGGGAGAUAAGCAGCGCAUGUCUGAGGAGCAGCCGUUACAAGUUGCGCGCUGUACCAAGAUCAUUCAGAGUGCGGAUGACCCGGAGAAGGCCAAAUAUGUGAUCAAUGUUAAACAGAUCGCGAAAUUUGUUGUUAACCUUGGAGAACGAGUGUCUCCAACCGAUAUCGAGGAGGGGAUGAGGGUUGGGUAAGUCAUUUCCCGGGCCUUUGCCGAGAAUGCUUUUUUUUUUAAUAUAAGAUGAAUGUUACAGUGUUGAUCGACAAAAGUACCAAAUUCUUUUGCCCCUUCCUCCUAGAAUCGACCCUUCUGUUACUAUGAUGACGGUCGAAGAGAAGCCUGAUGUUACCUACGGCGAUGUUGGUGGAUGUAAGGAGCAGAUUGAGAAGCUCCGUGAAGUCGUCGAGCUCCCCCUUUUAUCCCCCGAACGAUUUGUGAACCUUGGUAUCGACCCUCCUAAGGGUAUCCUUCUCUAUGGCCCUCCGGGAACCGGAAAGACACUCUGCGCACGAGCAGUUGCAAAUCGUACUGACGCUACUUUUAUCCGUGUUAUUGGUUCAGAGCUUGUACAGAAGUACGUUGGCGAAGGGGCGCGAAUGGUCCGUGAGCUUUUCGAGAUGGCCCGUACCAAGAAGGCCUGCAUCAUCUUUUUCGACGAAGUUGACGCUAUCGGAGGCGCCCGUUUUGAUGAUGGCGCCGGCGGCGAUAAUGAAGUUCAGAGAACCAUGUUGGAGCUGAUUACCCAGCUGGAUGGUUUCGACCCAAGAGGAAACAUCAAAGUCAUGUUUGCGACCAACAGGCCUAGUACCCUUGAUCCUGCUCUUCUCCGACCCGGACGUAUUGAUCGAAAGGUAGAGUUCAGUCUGCCGGAUUUGGAAGGGAGGGCAAAUGUUUUGAGAAUCCACGCAAAGAGCAUGAGCGUUGAGAGGGACAUCAGAUGGGAAUUAAUUUCCAGACUUUGCCCCAAUAGCACUGGAGCUGAAUUGCGAAGUGUGUGCACUGAAGCGGGUAUGUGCUGAGCCGAAUAUCCUUGAGUUCUUAUUAUUAUUGCAUUGCCUAAUGUUUGAAACCUCUAGGAAUGUUCGCUAUCCGGGCCAGGCGAAAGGUCGCGACGGAGAAGGACUUCCUGUCCAGUGUUGAGAAAGUCAUCAAGGGCAAUCUCAAGUUUAAUUCCACCGCCACUUACAUGCAGUAUAAUUAG